CCGCACAGGAAAGGCGCCCGUCUCAUUUCUCCUCCAGCCUGGACGAACAGUCCGCCCCCACGCGCAAGCACACGGGCGAGAAGACACAACUGAGCUCCAAGAGCAGAGAGGCUGGAGAGCGAAAGCGAGAGGUGGAGAGAGCUCAGGUCAGGUCAGGAGGCUUUUGUUUGGUUGGAGAGACCACAAACUCCACCACGGCCCAAUCACGGAACCUCUGCUCUCUUUCUUUAAGCUCCCCCUCCCACGGUGGAGGCCGAAUCAUCUCCAGCCACUUUGGCAUCUGCGAGAACCGAUACCGGCAGUCACCGCCGCGGCCAUAAAUACCGCCUCCCCUGCCACUCACACUCCCUCUCUCUGUUCCUUUCCUCCUCCGCGCUUCCUCUCGCCUUGCACUAAGUCCCUCCCUGACAAAGGCGGAAGGAAUCUUGGUCGGUUGAGAGAGAGAUGAUGAAGGAGUCAUGGAUGGAGGUGCUGCCGCUCCCGCCGGCGCCCUACUUGGCCGGCGGCUGGUUCUUGCAGGAACAGCAGCGGGCGUGGUCGCCGGCGGAGAACAAGCUGUUCGAAGAGGCUCUUGCCCGGGUCGACGGGGACGCGCCGGGCCGGUGGGAGCGGGUCGCGGCGCUGCUCCCUGGCAAGUCCGUGGCCGACGUCAUGGCGCACUACGACGACCUCGAGAACGACGUCGGCUUCAUCGAGGCCGGGCUCGUGCCCUUCCCCCAGUACAACGGCGGCGGUGGCGGCUCCCCUGCCUCCGGGUUCACCCUGGACUGGGACGGCGGCGGCGACGACCUGGCCUUCAAGCGCUCCUGCUACAUCGUCGGCGGCAAGCGCGCGCGGGGGCCCGAUCAGGAGCGCAAGAAGGGCGUGCCCUGGACAGAGGAGGAGCACAAAUUGUUCUUGAUGGGCCUGAAGAAGUACGGGAGAGGGGACUGGCGGAACAUCUCGCGCAACUUCGUCACCAGCCGGACGCCCACGCAGGUUGCCAGCCACGCCCAGAAGUACUUCAUCCGGCUCAACUCCGGCGGCAAGGACAAGCGCCGCUCCAGCAUCCACGACAUCACCACCGUCAACAUCCCCGACGACGACCAUGGCAGCAACCCCUCGCCCUCGCCGCCCUCCUCCGUGCUCACGCCCAACUCCUCCUCAGGCGCCGCUCCUCCCGCAAUCUCGGAGCAGUUCGGCGUGCUCGUCGACAGCAAGCCCCAAAUCAGCCGCGGCGGCCACCACCACUUCAUCCCUCAUCUCUACGGCAACGUCAAGCUCGAGGCCAGCAACGGCUAUCACGGCGGCCGCCUCGACGACUCUGUUCUGAUGCAGAUGCAAUGCGGCCAGCUCCAGCCUCUCGGUUGACCACGGUUUUUGGAGCAGCAACCGGCCAGACGCCCUUGGAGAAAAGCUCUCUCUAUCUUUGGGCGUGCACGAGGAGAGCGCACGCGCGUGCUCUGCUCUUGAUUCCAACCAACCACGGAGUGAGCUAAAGCAAGCAACAUACAUGCACGAGCACAAGCAAGCAACAAUGGAGAUCAACAAGUGCUCUGCUGCAGCUAAGCUCCUGAGAUGAAGCAUGGUCAGAUAUGGAUGCAGCAUUUCCCCGUUUCGCCUCUGUGUACAUACGACCACGCCCCCCGGUGAAAUAAUUGAUAUUCUAUUUGCUAGUAUUGAUCAAUCUCCUGAACCAUGGGAGGCGGCGUACUUGCGUCUGGAAAGCACAUGAGUAGUAGUAUCAGCACUGACGCUGUGAUUAUACCUGCCGUUUUUCUUUGUUUUUGAUGUAUUGGUUAGUCAGUUAGUCUCACGCCUGUACUAGUUGGAUAGCAGUAGCAGCAUACUAUCAUUGCCUGGUUUUCCUUCUUUUUUUUGGGUCCCUGUAACAUUUCCAUAUCCUCAGUCGAGGGUAUUAGCAUUGGUCACCCUCUCAUUGACCCCUGCUUUAUCAAUCAAAUUAUGAAAAUCGAUGAAGGUGAUGAUGAUUUGUGGUUU